GCUUGCAUAUUUUACGUUACAGAUAUUCAUUCACUUCUCACGACACAGCUGCAGAGAUAUGGACGACAGAGAGGACUUCCUCGGUAAGAAAUAACAAUCUGUUAGAAAAACCAAAGAAGAGUUAAGAAACAGAGUCUAUUUGUGCUUUUCGUGUUUGUGUCAGAAGUUUUCACCCUCUGCUCUUGUACUCGUAAACCCCACCGUACUGGACUUUAAGGGGGCUUAAAUGGGCUAAAAGACAAGCUUUAAGUGGGCUGUGAAAUCCAACACGUUAGUCCUGGUUUAAGUUUGUUUACCUGCGGUCAGAUUUGGAGAAGUAUUUGGAAGUUUGGCGAAGGUACUUAGAGGUUUACAUGUGCUUUAAAGUCGAAAUUUUGAACCAGUUAAAAUCAUUUUCAGGAAGUCUUCUGAGGUUGUUCUCGGUUAUCACUGAGCAGAUACUUACUUUCUGUAAGUAAGGUUUAAAUGUGUUUUUCUGUGGUUCUCCGUCUGCUGUCACUGCUUUACGGCCAAACACGAAGAUAUUCCACCGUUAUUGAAUUCAGAUGUCUGUUACAACUGUUACAUAAUUUAUCAUCUACAGUAAGUUUUAUGGCUUUGAUAUGUUGUAUUUUUCCGUAGCCUGUUAAUUAUUAUUGUUCAAUUUUUUACCUGUUUUAAAGGUUUUGACGGGUUUUGGUGCCUUAUUUGCAUUAAGUGUUCUGUCCUAUAAGUGAAUUCUGAUGUGUGAUCAAACAGUCUUUGUGUGUCACUAUGCUUCUAUAACAAAACAUCCCACCCUACUCUCUGUAAACUGUCAAUUAUGUCACUCAACAGGAAAGAAAAAGCUUGUUUUACAGCAUGUAAUUUCUUACCUCAUGUAACACUCACCCCAGGGCAAGAGUUUCAGGUCUUAAUAAUCAAUCUUUUACCCUGUGCACUUGUUCCCUUCUGUAGCCAAUGAAGAGGCUUUAAUGCAAGUUCGUGUUCAAUAAGUUCAAGACUUCUUUUUAACCUAUUUUAAAACUUCUCAUGAGGUCUGUAAUCACACAUAUUUUAUCAUCUUAGUGUAGCUACCAGGGGUGUAUACAGAGAGGUUGCCAGGGGUGGCAUGACCCUCCUUAAAAGCUGAUUGGCUGCCUCAAAUCCCACCUAAAAAUUCUUGAUUGUUAUUGGCACAUUGCCUUGUCAGGGGUGGGGUUUUGAGCUUGAAUCAACUUUUUGCGCCUUGUGUCAAAAGGUUGCUGCUAAGUGGUUUGAGUGAGCACCCCAAUGUAUGGGUGUUACAGUAAAGUGGUUCCUGGUUCAACUCACAUUCAUGACCAUUUUCUGCAUGUCAUCCCCCUUCCCCCUAUUCUUUACGUUUUCUGUCUGUCUUUAGCUGGUUUAUCAAAACUAGUGUUUUAAAAAUGACUUCAAGAAUCAGUCUGCUCACAUUUUUUACAUUGAAAUCAGGCAAAUCUUCUCUGGUUGGGGCUUUACAAUGAAGCUAAUACUUUACACAUAAAGUGUUUGGGGGUAUGAGCACAUUAAAAAUCACAAAUAAACUCCUGUACACUUUUGAUCAGAAAAACAUUCAUGACAUAUCAAUGUUUUUUUUCUAAAGAGUCAUUAAUAUACUGAUAGUGAAGUGUAGGAGUUUUCCUACAUUUUUUAAAGCGCACAAAGUUGUGAGUUAAAAUGAAAGCCCCUCUGAAUGAAGGAAUAAAAUAUAAGACGUGUGUCACCAAACUUUGUGUGUCUUAUUAACAGUUGAGGAUAAUACACAGGAUUAUAAUCUCAGUUUAAUACUGUUAUAUAAGUCAUCACUUGUUUCAUAAUAAGUGGAGCCAGAAUGGCUUAAUAAAUAAUUAACUGUAAGCACACACUGUAUAUCACUGGAUAUCCCAAUGCCCAGGCUGGGCCACCCAUGUCAAAGUCUGGACACGCCCCUGACUCCAAGAACUAGCCACACUAUGGCGUACAUGAGUUCAAGAUAAACACACCUCAGUCUACUUGCUGAACUUAGACUUUGACUGUUAAGGCUAAACUGAGACCAACAAGUAGAAUAUGGCUAAAGCUUAAGUCACACAGAAAAGCAUUCCUGUCAUACUUUAGUUUAUUACAGAGACAAUGUCUCAGCUGUGGACUUAUGUCAGACACCAGUUGAAGUGUUUUGUAUGCUUGUAUAUAGUUUUCUGUGUAGUUUUUGGAAUAUAAAGUCUGUGCAUUUAUGAAAAUAGACUAUAAUUAUUUUUUUUAUAAUUUAGAAAAAGCAAACAAGAUCAUCAGUGAUAAGAUGGACAGUGUUUUCUUUGUAACUUUUAAUGCCUGAAAUGAGUGUGAGGAGGAAGGUGUCAACUGAGAAGCUGAAGAAACAGUCCAGUUUUUGCAUUUUCUCCAUUUAGAUAUUCACACAAAAAGAUAGAGGAGACAGCUGGAGAUAAUUUGUCUAAAGACACCACUUUAGCAUGUAGAUGACAGUAUUAACAAAGACUACUUUGUUCAUAAAGGGGAACUGAAAUUUACACAAACUAAAAGAUUCUCUCAGGACCUUAAAAGAUUGUUGCACUGCAGGUCAAGGAUGGAGAGGACUUCAGCACAGGGCUGCCACUGACAUUCAUUACUACUCCUGAUUGACCUGCUGAUUAUUAACAACAUGGUCUUUAGGUUUAGAAACAUGCUUCACAGCAGGGAUGGGUGAUAAAUUAUUGUUCACGAUAUAUCAGAAAAACCCUCCAUGAUAAAUAUUUGCCAUCUCAUGAUAAAUACGAUUUAUUGCAAGUCGAUGAUGUAAACGUGAGUGACGGACUCACAGCCAUAGCCCACAAAGAGCAGAAUAACUAACAAACAUGGCCGAAGGUAAUGAAGAGGACGUUUCUGAGCAGCUCAUUACUGAACGAAUGUUUUCACAUUUGAGACUUGUUUGAUGUCAUUAGUUUUCUCCAUAACCUACCACUCAAACUGGUGGUUAAGUGUCUUAUUUGACUUCUCCAACUGGUGUACUCAAAACAAAAUGAUUAAAAAGUAUAGAUUGGAAUUAUAAUAUUUGACAUCGGGACUUUUAUUGUUAUCGGCAGAAUGGCAAAUCUUAUCAUGAUGAAUUUUUUUUUGCCCAUAUCGCCCAUCCCUACUUCACAGCAGGCAUUUUGACAGAGGAUCAGAAAAAGGCCUUCAGAAAAAGUUGCAAGAUUGCAUAUUUGAUAUUAGUUCAAAGUUGAUUGUUUUUUAUUGAUUGACAACCCUAAUGCUAACAUGGAUGCAGUUCACUUGUUUUUUUAAACAAAAUGUGCACACGGUUUAAAAAUAAUGACUGUGUAUGUAGGGUAGAAAAUAUCACUAACUCUUGUGCUGCAUGCCAAAACAUUGUUUGCCGGUGUAAUAUGAGUUGCUCUGUAACGAUUGUUUUCUGGGGGUUUCUAUGCUGGCUUUAAGUUUACAUAGCAACCUGUCUGGACCCUCUCAUUGUAUAAUGCUUUUGUCCAUACACCUGAUAAAUCUGAGCACUCCUGCAUACAAUAGAUGGAACAGUAAUGGGUCGUUUUCAAGCCUUGUUAGCUCCACUGACCUGUGGACACUACUGUGAUCUCUGCAGCAUAGAAAGGCCCAUCCUCUGUCAAAAUCAGAGGUGAAGCUCUAAGCCCUCCCAAAAAAAGGAACCCUCCUUCUUCAGGCUGCACUAUGAGGUCCAGUCCAUGAAGAUCAGAAAAAGAGAAUCAACCACAAAGGGAAACCCUCACAAUGUCUCAUCAGUUUUCUCCCUCUCUUCUUAUGAAACAAAACUUUCCGUUCAGUUCAGCUCCAGACAUCUGUUUCAGAAUCUCGUGUUUCUUAACAUGUGACUCACGUUAACGUAUCUAUCUUCUUAAUCAGUGAACUAAAAACAUCAGAAUUCACCAGAGCAGAGCAGACUGUAGCAGCCUGAGUUUAGUUUAGCUGCUCUGCCUUACUCCGUUGACAUUUCUGAUGUUGGAUGGUUGUCAGAUGAUAAAAGAGCUCAUUAAUAUUUGUGGCAUGCUUGUGCUUUGUGAAAUAGUUAAGACUGGUAAAGUCUGCAUGUCCCAGUACAAUGAUGCAUGGAGGGAGAGAAGGGCACGAGCAUGAAGGCCUGUAUCCUGCAGUAUUUUAGAUGCAUUGUCCAGUGAAAGUCUCAGUAAUCAGGCCGGCUUUGUUCUCCUCUUUUUAUAACUCACAUUCCUCCUCCUUCUCCCUCCGUCUUUUCAUUUUUUUCUCUCUCUUAAUGAGCCCCUGUCUCCCUCCCUCCCUCAAUCUUAAAGACUGUUCUCACACACUCUCCAUCUGUCUAACAACACUGAUCGUUUUGGGGGAAACACCUUCUCGCUGAUAUUUUUAGCUCUCAGCUGGAGUUAUUGUGUACAGUGCGGUAUAAACACACUGACUCCGUUGUAUUUUUAUCUUCCUGGCAGCAGGAAAAAAACAGGCCGAAUGAAAACCACCCUGAGGAGUUACUGUUGUUGGGGUGAAAGUAUUUGUGUGGGGUGCGUGACGCACUCAAUAAAUGGCUGCAUGGUGCCUCGGAAGUGUCUCAAUCAGGGUGCCAUUGUGUGCAUUUAUGUAAUAUUACAUUGUUGUGUAAAAACAUAUUCUUUGGUGUUUUGUGUUAUUCAUUGGCGGCUGCCAGGCUGCAGUCAGAGAGGUCAGUGCUUGAGUUAUUACUUAAGUUUGGUCCUAUGAUCCCUCACAAUAACACAUGAGCACAAACACAAUGAUGUGGUUCUCCUGAAAAGUACCGCGGGUAAAUCUGAUGGUAUUUUCAUUUCACAUCUGCUGAGGUGGGACAAAGUCGUGAUUCAGGAUCAUUAUUAUUUCUGUAUUUACCACUGUGAUAAACCUGAGACAUUUUUUGUCAGCAUGGAUGAUUUUGACAUCCUUUUUACACCACAGUUGCAACUCGUGCCAGUAUACGUGACAUGUAGUACAAACGUUACAAAAGGAGUAGUGAGAGGAAUUAAAUAUGAGAGCAAAGCGACUUGACAGGAGUUGCACAAUCACUUGUUGCUUCUUUUGAUCAUGAUACAUAAGAUUCUACUGGACUACAAAAAAAUUGGGAAACACUUUUUAACAAUGUGGGACCUUCUCACGGACAUGUGAUUUUUAACACAGCAGAAGGUGGAGGUGUUUUGGUCUGUUGUAAAAAAAAAAAAGGAACAUUGAGAUAAAGGGAAACACUUUUUCUUUAGUUCAGGUAAUUGAUUAAGAAUGACGCAGACUGCCUGGGUAUCGUCAAUGUGUGGGAGACACUGGGCUCUUGGGGUGUGUUUUGAUUGGCUUUUGCAAAAUGAGUGACAUAUUCUCAUUUGCAUUUUGUUAAAACAACUAUUAAGAUGUUGUCUGAUGCUUUACUGUAGAUCACACAUUUACUACCAGUACUUUUUAGUACGUAUACCACUCAAGGCAUAAAGGGCACAUAAACUCAGAACAAUCUGUUAUGUAACUUUUAAUUUUGAUUAGACAAACAAUAAUCAGCAUUAGCUCAUGUGUGUGUUUUCGGUUUGUCUUUUUGUCAGCUUGUUCCUGAAUGAGAGAGGUGUGAUCUGUGUUUGUGUGUAUGAAAUUUAACCCUAAGCCUUAAAAACACAAAGAUGAGCUCAUAUAGGGUGUGGGUGGAAAAUUGCUUGCAAAGUAUUGUAUGAUCAUCAGAGCUUUUCCUAACCUGCGUGGACUCUAAUGUAUGACAUGCAGUUAGGCUAAAAAAUGAAUAGUUGUGCAACCAUAGAAAUGUCUCUCAGCCUGCACAGCUACUGCCCAUAAGCUUCAUGAGAUAGAGACCUUCCAAUGCUCUGCGCCACAAAUGACAACACAGCUUAAUAUUGAGGGGCUGCAUUGAAGGGAUGUCAGAGAGAUGUUAACAGCACACUGAGCCUGGACGAGGAAGAGGUGACAGCAUAGCGUGUUUCAGGUCAUAUGAUUGACAUUGCACAUCUUGCAACUUUAUCUUGGCCCGAGACAGAAAUAGUAGAAGAAAGUACAGAACAAAUAUAAAAAAAAAACAUGAAAAUGAUAAUCUGUUAUGAAAUGAAGACAAACAUGAAGGUCUCUACCCUUGAGAGCUGCUCUUUGGUUAAGCCUUCUGAGGUCUGGUGUGUUUACUGAAGUCACAUCAAUCUAUGAAGUGGAAGCCUUAGAGAAACACAGAUGUGCACAUACAGGGUGUGGGUGGGUGUGAAGGGGUUUUACAGUUUAGUUAUUGCAGUUUGUUCUGGACUACAUUGACAAUGGAAAGGGGGUCUUUAUGGACUCUCAGUUAUUCAAAAAAGUCGAUCUAAACAAACAUGAAAUCACAUAUGGGAUGCUUUAAAAUAGUAUUUAAUUUUUCAUAUGUCGAAGGUGGGCAGAAUAAGUUGCCCAGCGUUUGUGCUUUGAGCUCUUUGUGUGUGACAUCAGACAGAAACCAGGAUCCUGACAGCCUGAGGAAUGUAUCCUCCCUUCCUGUGGCACUGACAGACAGACACACUGUUGUAACCCUCUUCAACAUGCUGCAGAGAGGACAAUUGAACACUACAGCUUCUGCUAAUGAUUGUCUGACAACACUUUUGCAACUUCUUUACUUUUGCAAACAGAUAUUUCCAUGUACGUGGAAAGACAUGAGAUCAUAAAUGUUGCUCCCUACUCUUUUCUUGCAUCGCCUGUUGCAAAUCAGAUGUUAAUGACCAGCAUGUAAAGCUGGAGGUCUUGGCCUUGACAUAGCCUACUUAACUGCCUCUCUUAACAACUGCAGGCUGCACAAGGAGUCCCAAUAAAAACAGUUGCAGGCCCUAGAGGUGUAAGUGUUGCCAGAUCAAGCAAAUGUGCUCCAAGAUUGCUGCUAUGUAAAUUGGACGCCUAAAGAUAAACAGUUGUAGGUGCUGAUUAGAUCGGUGAAAUUCACAAAAACCAUGCUGAAGAAAGCUUUUUUAUUUUUGCCAAGAAGUGAUACAGAGGGUUUCAUAACAAACUCAGACCAUGACAGUUUAUUAAUCCUGUUUGAACUUUUCCGUUUCAUGACCUGUUUUCCUUCGUGUUAGUGCCAGCACCGUGUGUUUACAAUGUCCUGUAUGGGUCAGAGUAGACAGUCCGAGCAAAAACACCUGUGGAUGGAAACUAUUCGGUGAUCACACAAAUAUUCUAUUCUCCCAUGGCAUGAGAAGACAGACAACAAGUAUUAGUUCGUAGAGGCAUUAUGAGGAGUUGGCAAGUUGAUUCUGGUGACCGCUUUGGAUGAAAUCUAUACUGUUUAGAUGCUGUCCUCCACCGUCACAAAGAUACCGUGCGUUAAGCGUGCAUUUGUAGUGGAAGUGAGUGAAUCCAGGUCUUCUUUGUGAUGCUACUUCUCAUUGUUUAAAACAGCUUUUUGCAGGCUGCAGAGUGAUGAGGUUUUGUUUGAUUUGUAGCUUUGCCAAAUAAACAACUGUAAUGUCUAAACUCUGAUUUUGUACAGUUACCUAGCUUACAAGUUUGAAUAAACAAUAUCAUCAGCAUGAUAUCAGAUUUGGUAGCUGAUAUAAUAUGCUGUGAUCGGCCCAAAAAGUGACUGUCUGGACUUUCACAAUAAGAGUCGAAUAGAAUCUUUGUUUCUGAAAAUGACAAAAAAAAAAAGUGUAUAUUUAUUGUUAUUGAUAUUGGCCAGAAAUGUCAACAUAUCAGAUGUUGGCAAAGUUCCAACAUACUCACUAAAGGUGACCAGAAAUACCAGUUUGACCUUGCUUGGCACAGUCCUGGUGUUCGCCCUGUUAGAAAUGCCUCAACACUGUAAAUAUGCACAUGGUUUAAGUCUUAAAUCCUCAAAGCGCACACCCUGGCAUAAACAUUGAAUCCUGUUCAUAUAUCCAUUUGGCUCUUUCACUGAGCAAAUACGCCUUUUUGCUAAUUUGGAUCCAGUACCAGCCAUGAGAGUCUCCUGCUUGAUAAAUUACCUCCCACUGAUAUGAACAGAGACACACCUGGGUGAGUGCUGAAUAUCCACCUGACUUUUACUGGGAAAGUCUGACCUGAACACAGGCGCUAAUAUUCAUAAAGAAAUAACUGAUACAGCCUCUGAUAAUCUCAUUUUGCUGUGUUAAUCAUAAAGAAGCAUCAAAAUAAGAGUGAGAUUAUUUCAAAAUCAACUUUUUAAAAAAAUCUUAGAGACCUAUUUAGGACCCUGUCAGUUCUUUUUUCUUUUUUUUGUCUUUCUUUAUUUAUACAUUUAUUUUUUUGUAACGAAUAAAUAUGAUGGUAAUAAUAGUGAUGCUACCCCUUUAUAUUCCUUCGUAUCAUGUUGUAAUGCCCUGAGUGGAUCAGCCCGCAGCCCGUAACUCACCACCAAGACCCCUUUUUUUUUCCCCUAACAGGACCCUGUCACUCUGUGUUCAUAUAACAGCGUGUACCCCCCAAACCCCUUUAAAACCCAGUCUAUAUUACACUGUGCAGCAGCUGUAUGUGAUUCACAGAUAUGGAUCAUUUCUCUCAACCGUGAGAAUCAGUCUGUUUUACAACACUUAAGUAUGUUUAAGGCGACUUUACAGGCCUCACAAAAGUGAACAAAAUCCCACAAAGCAGUCUCUGAACAAGAGUUUCUCCAGUUCUGCAGGAGUAGCUUUUGUCUAUGGGUAAAAAUUAGAAAAAUCUUUGGAUGAACUUUAGUCUCUAUCACUCUUAAGAUGAAGUCUGUGUUUACAGCUCAAUCCAAACAUUAAAUUUACUCCAAACAUUGAUGGAGUUUGCUGCUGAUAGCUGAUGGCCCUGAACUGGAUUCUUCACUCUUAAAUGAUUGCGCAAACUUGUAGAUGUUGUUUCACUCAGUCAAGUUUGCACUUCGCCUCAUUUUUGUUUAAUCUUUUGAAAGAGUCUCACACAGGACUUUUUGACAGUUGCAGAAAUCUCGACAUCUUUCUUCAGAGUCCCAGAGCACCAAAACCAUAUUACUUUGACCCUGCAUCGAUGCUUGUAUCUUCUUUUAUCAUAAAAUGUGGUUUGCAAACAGUUUAAAGAUGUACUGCAGUAGUACCAUUUAAACCAGGCACCAGCAAAACCUAUAAAAAAUGUUAAGAUGAGAUAAGUGCCCAAAUUCUUUAAUUAUCUGUUCAUUUUUGACUAUCCAAACAUUCAGAGGUCAUAAUUGAUCUUAUUGCAUGAAUCCACACUUUUAAUUUGGACUGUAGAAGUCAAUCUGUUCAAGAUAAAAGAUCCUUAUUACACAUAAGGACACAUAAGAAUUACACAUUAACAGCCUUUGUUUUACCUAAUCACUUUAGGUUCAUUUGAUCCAAAUAUACCAGAGGAGGGACCGUCAGCGCCCCCUCCUGGUUGGCUGGAUGACGUACAUGGAUACCAGGGGCACAAAGGAGGAGGUGAGAUUUUAGCUGUCCCCUAAACUCAACUUUGAAGUUUUUCUUGACCUUGACAUCCUCUCUUUGUGUUUGUGUUGGUGUGCAUGUCCAGAAGGUGAUAACCCCUUGUAUCCACCUCCACCUGCCUACAACCCUCAGCCUGAACAAGACAGGAACACUUCAGUGCCUAAUGUCAGGUAACACACUUCAAUUUUUCGCUCUGCUGUAUCUAAAAUUAUAAUGAAAUAUGAUGAACAAAUACAACUUCAGUGUUUUUGCCUCUUUAGGGUCCCCACAGUAUCAGAGGACGUAGCCAGAGAGGCUUUACUCAAGUAUGUGGAAUCCAAAUGGAAGUACAGCUCUAAACCUGCUAGAAACCUCACCUUUAAGGAGCUCAGACCCAUCACCGUGUACAGGGUAAGAGAGUAUAAGCAUUUUUUAUUUCUUUUCCUUCUCCAGGAUGCACUUUUUGUUUGAAGGUGCACAGCCAUAACUUUUGAUCAAGAGGAAAAUGAACUACAAUAACAAAUUUGUGGGAGAAGUGAUUCUUCCGCAGCACUUCAAUAUGACCUUUCCACUUCCAAACCACUCCAAGCUUUACACAACCGGGUGUGUUUUUAGUCACAGCAGUUGAGUGACAUGCAGGAACAAGCAUUGUGUGCAUUGUUUGGACUCAUGCUUUCAAAUUCUGCAGCGCAGCUUUUUGCAUCCCACAAAAUACACACAAAAUUUAUACAUGAAAGAAAUGUUAGUAUAUUGAUUAAGACUUCGUAGGUUGAUAAACAACACUUAGAAAAGUUAAAUAUUUGCUCUUUUACAGUAUUUGAUUAUGUGGGCAGAACCAUCAUACUGUUGAUCUUGUAUUCAAUAGGAAAAAUAGUGAAGACAACAAAAACUUUAAAAAAAAACCCUCUAAAGUAGCUCUUUAAACCCAUCUACUGUGAACCCAUCCGCACAUCCGUCCUGUGUUUUCUGCCUCCUUUUGUAGUAUCGACUGGAGACCUACACUGAGACCAGAACCAGCUCCUGGCAGCAUGAACCCUACAACGGUAAAACAAAACCAUGAGCCUGUAAACAACUUAACUCCUUCUCUUUCAUGUAAAAUGAGAUUAAAAUGUAGUGUGUACAGCGUGGGGUAUUUCUGAUAGUUGAACACCAAAGUUUGCUGAAGUCAGUCACUGAGAAGAUGUCAUUCUUCUAACACCAAAAAAAUCCACUGGACAUGUUUUCUACAUAGACAUGAAGAUGUGGAAACAAAUCUGAGAUGAUCUGAAGAGACUGUUUGUUUCUCAAGCUUUACACAUAAGGCACACUGAUUGUCUUCCAGUAUUGAUUUGGUGUGACCUCCUAUGCUUGAUGUAGUUGACUUAUAACUUAUUUGGUCUUACUGGUACAUACUGUAGUUGAAAUUCUAAAAAGUGUACGUGGGAAACACUAAGGAUACAAACCUGAACUUGAUCGGCUGUCUAAGGCGUACUUUCGUGGAGUAGUAAUUUGGGUUUUUCCUCAAACAGGACAGCCGGUCGACGGUCCUCAGUUCGGUAUGAGCCCUCCACCCUGGGACAUUCCUGUGUCGUUGCCUGAAAGAUUCUGUGAGAGGGUGGAGAAAGUCCGCGUGCCGCACUCAUCUUUCGUCAAGGUACAGAGUUUUUGUUUUUUUAGAAACAAGCUUUUUGUUCUGACUUUAGUGUUGUGUAACACGCUGUUGCUCUGUGUGUUUGUGUGUGUGUUUCUUUAGAUGUGUCAUACAUGCCAUGGCUGUGGUAGGACUCGUUGCAAUAGCUGCUUUGGGAGAGGCCAGGUGAGACGUUGUUUUUGAAAUAUGAACCACACAUCUGAUUUUAGUAACAGAAUAAGCCAAACAAGCUGUGUAUUAUUGAAGGUGAAUCACUGUUUUUAUUAUUAUUAUUAUUUUUUAGUCAGCCAAUUUAGUUAUACUUUAUUAUUGAUGAUGGAAUUUCAAGAGUUAAUUAAGAUGAAUCCCAUUUUAAACUACAUGUUUAUAUUCCCAUGAAUCUGCAUUUGGAAACUGUUUUGUGAGUCCAUGUAAACACUGUUAACUGAUUAUAACCGUGGUCUUGAUUUUGGACUCAAGUGACUGCAAUACAAAUAUUGACUCAAAUAAAUGCUGCACUGCUACUCCAGUGUGGUCUGAAACCCUACUGAAAGGUAGGAGAUAGCUUCAGAGUGCUCUCUCUUUAAAAUACUUGAAAUGUUUCUUAAGGAUAACACUGUUCCAUUUGAAGACGUGUGCAGAAAGACACGUUUAAAAGGUCAAGUUAGUGUCAUUGUGGUGUGCAGUUAUUCUGAGAUCACUGGUGUCCAGUGAGCCCUGGAUGGUGCAGUAGCAUUUGCAUUUUUCAAGAGUUUCACUUUGGUUACUUUCGUCAUUACAUACAGGUCUUGUUUGCAUGAAACUAUCAGGUCUGUGGCAACUCCCCUAGUCUUGGGAUGUGGUUGUCAUCAUAUCAGCUGUUACUGUAUGCUAAACUCACGGGUGGAAGCUCAAACUCGGCGCAUGUCUGUUAUGUUGUGAUUCAGUUUGACACAAGUUGCAUCUUGCUUUUCACUUGUCAACUAAGCUGUCUGGUAAUUUUUUUAAAGUAAAAUGUACCACUCAAAGGUACAGCAGUAUCAUUAUUUUCUAUUAUUGCAGCAGCAGCCAAAAAAGAAAGGCUAGAGAUGACCUUGUCCAAUGUCAUCAAAGCCUCUGUGAGAAGUUUCUGCACUCUAAAAACCCAACUUGGGUUGUUUUUAACCCAGCACCAGGGUUGAAAAGGGACCGACUACUUAUUGGGUUAUUUUGACCCAGAAUGUUGGGUUAUUCAAAUUAACCCAAAUUCUGGGUUGACUAAAUAACUCUUUUUAAGGGUCACGUUAACCCAAUCUUUGAGUUAAUUUGACUGAUGAUCUUGGGUUAAAUUGAUAUAUGCAUUCGGGGAGCUUUUUUUGGGAGCUUUGCUUUUACAACCUGUACCAUCUGAGCCGGUAUGGCUGUCAAUGGUACACACUCAUGUUUAUGAGGAGGUAUAUAUAUAUAUAUAUAUAUAUAUAUAUAUAUAUAUAUAUCAUAUUGUGUACAAAAUCAAGGUCAAAGUUCACAAGGUCACUUUAUAUGCCAUUAGGUCUAGAAACCACGUAGAGUCAAUCGUAGAGUUCUCACCCAAUUAUUGGGUUACUCUUAGAAAAAUAACCCAUAAUUAUCAACCCAUUCAAAAACCCUCAAACUGGGUUACAAUAGAAUCGAUAUGACCCAAAAAAUGGGGAUGGAUCUGAAAAAUAACCCAGAAAUUUAACUCAACUCGUAUAACUCAGGAAUUGGAUUGAAGAAAUAACCCAAGUGUUUUUAGAGUGUGACCAGUAAUUAAACCGACUGAAAUCAACAGUGAUACCUCUCAUCAUCAAGAAGACCUUCAACAAUGAGACUGAACAUUUAGAUGUAAUCAUUCUUGAUGCCUAUGGUGAUCUGGAACUGCUGGUGAAUGCUGUAUGAAGAAGGAAUAGUCUUGAAAUCAUUCACAGUGAGUAAUGCAUGAGGGUGAGACUAUUUGUCAAAAAAUACAACUUAUAUAUUAAGUUAGCCGAGAUGUGGGAUGUGUCCAUAGACCGUGUAUGCUAUGGACAACUUGGUUCUGCCUUCCGCCAGUAUACGGAUUUGAAGCUGAAUUGCUCUUGGUAUUUCCUUUUUUUUUUUCUCCACUUCCUGAAACCAACAUUGCGCAGUAACAUUGUACGCAUUCGAUGGGAGAGCUGCUGUGAUGACGCUCGGCUCAAACAGUGUAUCCCCUGGGUGAGCAAUGCAAUCUUCGUACGCCCAUAGGUUGUAUCAAGUGUCAAUCAUAGAAAACAUGAACCCCCCAAUAACUUGUAAAAAUGGAGCUGCACAGAAAAAAGAGGACUUGAGCACAAACCAGUCUCACAAUAACUACAUGUCAACAUCGCAACCAGUGUGGAAAUAAUCAUACUUUUGUUGAAGUAGUUUUCUGUUGAACUCUUCACACAAACCCUGGUCUCAUUUUGCAGAAGCGUUGCACCUUCUGUCACGGUUGCCGUCACUCCAGGAAAAGGCGCUGCUCCUCUUGUCACAGCAGAGGUUACAGGAAGUGGGGGUCAAACAUGCCUGUUUGUUCACCACUCUCUCUCUCUCUUUGAUUUCCUUCAACUUGCAGAAACGUUGCAUGACAUGCCAUGGCAGUGGUUUCAGGCAUAGGCCGGGGAAUCACCACAAUGCUGGGAGGACACGCUGUACUUUUUGUCAUGGGAGAGGCAUGAAGAGGUGAGAGGAGACUUUCUGAAGGACUCUGGGUUGUUAGAUUACGAUGUGCAGGGGGCAGAGAUGUGACACAUAUUUGUAUCUGUUAUCGUUGUGCCCGUUUAUGUUCCCUUUUAGGCACAGUGGUCUUAUUUUAAAGGGAAAUAUUUGCCAAGAACUCAGAAAAAGUGGCACAAAAAUGGCAGAGCUGGUAACUCUUUGCCCAGUUUGACCAGACACAGCCUAUACACAGAUUUAUCUCUAUUGCCUUGGUAAAAACGCUGAUAAACUGUACCAUACAUCUUUCUUCUGUGUUUGUUUACAUCCAGGUAGUAGAGCAUUAUUGCAUUAUGGCAGUUUCCAUGAAUCAAAGCUACACCCCUGGUUGAACUGGCUUUUUUGGUCAAGAAUAAAUGAAAAUUAUGAAUGAUUUACUGAAGUGAGUAGUUAUUCUGAUGUCCUCUUACAAGAGGGACGGGAUUUUAAUAUUUAGUGGACUAUAAAUGUGAAAGUUCCUACUCAAGUUCAAGAACUCAAACUGGGUCCUGAGGUAUUUUUCUCUUAUUUUAUGAUUAAUUUAAGAAGGUUUAAGAUUUUAGAAGUGAAUCUUAAGAGGACUGACAGUCAGAGAAAGACUGAAGAAAAAACUAAAAAUAAUGAAGUUUGUCAGUUAGACGGCUUAAAAGGAUCUUUAUUCAUCAAAACUUGUCUAUUUGUGCCUCACAUUAGUCAGCCUCUUUGAAGAUUUAUGAACAUGUCUUCCUGAGGACACAACAAAGAAAUAGCUGUCUCCAAAGCUUUAUUGUCAUUUACUGUAUUGAUCCACUCUUGUAUUGAACCAGAGUCUUCUGUUUUUUUUAAAAAUAUAUAUAUAUAUAUGAAAUCACAGAAAAAAAAACAACAACAACAAAAAAACACAUUCUCUGCUCCACUUUCUAAAAAUACUGAGCUUUCUUGUGUAGCAUGCUGCUCCAAAGUUAAGAUAAUAAUAAUGCAUCUGAUUUUUAUAGCGCUUUUUGUCAGUGAUCUCAAAGUGCUUUACAUUGGAUACAUCAUUCAUUCGCUCACACGGUCACAACCUGGUGGUGGUAAACUACCUUAGUAGUCACAGCUGCCCUGGGGCAGACUGACAGAAACAUGGCUACCAGUUUGUGCCUACACCACCACCACCGACCACCAUCACACAACACUCACAAUCAUACACCAGUGGAGGACACACACACUGGGAGCAAUGUGGGUUAAGUGUCUUGCCCAAGGACACAACGGACAGACUAGGGAAUAGGACGGGGCUCGAACCGCCAACCUUCCAGUUACUGGCCGACUGCACUACCUCCUGAGCUACUGCCGCCCUGCUGAGAUCUGGUUACUCUGAUAAACUGUCUUGUCUAACUGUAUUUUUAGUGUUUUAAAGCUCAUGCACAGACUUCUCCUGUUUGCAUUGAAGCUCCUGAUGUUUCCUCUUUGUAUUCUGGUUUAACUUUAACUUUCUACAAAGCUAUGUAGCGUUAGACUUCUUUCUGCUCUUGAAUGACGACUUGGCUUGUUGCUUUAUUUCCAUCAUGUAAAUUGGUUUCCUUUUGCAUGUUUGACCUUAGCAUUGAUAUAAAAACAGUCAGCAGCAAAGGUUUCAACCUCUUUGUCACUCCUCCAGGUGUAUUCACUGUCAAGGUCAUGGCUUCAAGACCUGCACUGUUUGUCACGGCAGUCAAAACCUCCUGCAUUUCAUCCUGCUCACUGUCACAUGGUAUGUGAAAGCCACAAACAAAUACAAGCUUGCACAAACACAUUUCUUCAGUUCUCAUGGGUCUCUAUCUCUUUGUGUCGGUCUUCAGGAAGAACAAUGUGGAGAAUUUCAUUCCGGACCGUCAGCCGGACUUCCCUGACGAGAAGUUUGACAAAGUGAGGGGAGAUCCUUUCUUUGUUGAUGAAAAUGUUCUGGUAAGAAGAAGCACUUCUUUUCUCUUCAGUUACUUUUUACUUAUAACUAAUAACUACUCAUAACCAAAUCUGGCCUGCAGGAGUUUCCACAAUCCAAUCAGGGUAUAUAAAUCUGGAAUAUGAAAAAAUAACUCAACAGCAUAUACAAGUGAGGUUGCAUGUGAAUUUGUGUGAACAGAUACAGGCAGAGAAUCAAUUUGGAUACAGUGUAAAUAUUAAUUGUUGAAUAUUUUGUUUGGUUAUUUCACUGGAUUUAAGUGCGUUUGAUGCUUGUAUUAGCAAUACUAAAAAACAAUAUUAAAAAAGUCUGUUUUUUUUUUGGCUCUUUGAAAAGUCAAUAAUUGCAAAACUUCCCAAAUAGUUCUUUCCCCUGAAUCCUUUAUCGUUAUUGAAACCAUAAAGCCUUUCAUGAAGUUUUUGAGUCUUGUUUUAUCAUUAUUAAGGAUGUUUUUGUGGUGACAUAUUCCUUAGAAGAUAUCAAACUUAGACUAACUGACUUGUCAGAAUUGAGGAAAAUUGAUUAGACAUUGUAAAAUGUCUGCUCACAGAGUCUGCAGGUAAAAAACAACAACAAAAAAAAGUUGGUCUGGACUCAGGAGAGUGUGGCUAAUGCUAAUAGAGCCAGCACCACAAAGAUGUAUGGUCUCAUAACUUGGAGAUGAAUCUAUUUGACAAAUGUUUAAUCGGUUUUAAAAAAUCCAUUUAAAGUCAAGCUCAGACUCUAAUUACUCUAAUGGUGCCGUAAGAGCCUCAAGAUAUCACCUUGACAGUAAGAUAUCACUUCAGUGAAAGAAAGACUAAAUGCGGCUCAUGCUGAAUAUUGUUUGGAAGGAUUUAAAGGGCUGCUGACACAGCUGUUUACUCUCAGUCUUGUUAGACUGAGAGUGACACCUACAGUUCAUAUUUUUAAACACAAACUCAAGACCUUCCUUUUUAGUCUGGCUUUUAGCUGAUUUUUGUUUUAUUCUUCUAGCCUCUCUUUUAGUCUACUCUUUUUAUCUUAUGUAUUUUACUCGUUGACUUUAGUCCCAGAAUUAUUAUUUUAUGUUUUAACACUAUUUGUUUAUUUUCUUUUAUUGUUUGAUUUAAAAACUGUUUUAUUAUAUGAUAUUUUAUUAUUAUUAUUUUAUUAUUAUUACUAUUUUAUUUCGUUUUAUUUUCUAUCAUUUUAUGAGUCUCCUAUAUCUUGUAAUGGUUUUAUCAGUUUAGCUUCAGCUCCAGUGUUUCCCCAUUUUAGUUUAAGAUAGCGUUUCCUUGGUCCUCUGGGGCUUCCUGCUGAGCCCUGACUUGGUGUCCCAGUGGCUGUGUGUGUGUGUGUGUGUGUGUGUGUGUGUGUGUGUAUGCGGGCUUGGAGGGUGGGUGUAUUGGUGGGGUUUUGCAAUUUGUAUUUUGUGUUUUAUUUUGUAUCCCCUGAUCCUCUCCUUCUUGUGUUCUUUAAUGUACAGCACUUUGUGAUACAGUCCAUAUAUGAAAAGUGCUUUACAAAUAAAGUGAUUGAUUGAUUGAUUGAAAUACGUUGAUUUGACCUGGUUUUGUCCUCACUCUUUGUCCCUCCAGGUGUAUCCUAUCCAGGGCUUCCCUGAUGAAGAGAUCUGCGCUGUUUCCAGAACGCUGAUCAACCAACAUCUGAAUAAAUUCAGCUCCACCAGCCGCAUCCUGCAGCAGGUAUCAACAAAUACUUAAUCUCCUUUAAAAUUCAAGGAAAGAAAGGCAGUUGUGGCAGAGUCUGAACUUGAACUAUUUCAUACACAACCUGUCCGACAUUAUAUGUUCUCAUAUUUUCACAGUGCUGCAUGUAUGUAGUUUUCUCUGUUCAACAGCAGGCAGGCUUAGGCUCCACAUUUAGACAUGACCUCCAGGUGACCAUAUAUGCCUGGCUGGAAGCCAACGGUAAAGCUGGAGUAAUUGACUGCGUAGUUGACCGCAUGCUGAUGAGCACAGAGGACAUUUUCAAGGUCAAGUUUUCCCCUGGGGUAUCUGAUGUUAAAACGGUCUGUUCCAUGUAAGGACUUUCUGGCUGUAAAGAGGAGAGCUGCUGAUUCACAGAGGUUAUAAUUACAUUAAACUUUUGUCUGUGUAUAUGACCCGGCUGUUAUAAAGCUUAAGAUAACUCCCUGGUGUUGUCUCAUAUGUCUUAUACUUAUAUAGAGCUGUUCCCCUGUAAUCCAAUCACCCAGGAAGUAUGUGGAUAGCAGGGGUACAUUUGAGCAGUCCAAAAAAUUAACCCAUCUGUUCUUUCCUCUCUUCUUUUCCUUGAUGGACACAUCAGAGGGUCAAGAAAAGAGUAUAUACGAUAUUAGGAAAAGACAACCGCAGUAUGUGGAGUUUAACAAGAAAUAUAAGUUACUAAUAAGUUAGUAAUCAUUAAGCUCUCUCUCCUCUCUGUCAUAUUCAUUCUCAUGAAUCAAACGUUUUAUUGAAUGGAAACAUUUUUUUGAUUAAGUGAAUUUGGCUGCAGAUCAGCUGCUGUCAUACUGAUCAUUUCUUGUCUUGCAUGAUCAGGAGAAGCGUAGCUUCAAACGUAGUCAGCAGUAAAAAACACUGUGGGUCAUUUUUUCUUCUCUCAAUCAUUAAGGAUGGUCCAGUGUUUCUUUCACUGAAGGAGAUAAUAGAGGGAGCAGUGAAGCUCCUUUCCUUAUCAUUUAGAGAAUUUAAAAAGCUCUUAUCAUGGUCCUCACACAAAGACUUCUGGGUUGUUUCACCCAAUUAGGAACCUUCCUAACCUUAAAGGACUAUUCAAAUGGACCCUGGGUCUUCCUGACUCUUUUGUGGUCCACUUCUGUCCGGUGCUUUGUGUCUUUCUUUGGUAGGAAGGGGCCUUUGACCUGUUGACUUUAGCUCUUAAAUGUCCACUCCAGAUACAUAAUAUUGAUGCCAAUUUGAAGCCCAGCAGUGGAUGAAAUUGUGAAUCAUUUAGUUUAGUUCUGUUGGUAUUUUGAAAUCCUGAUCUAACUUUGUUUCUCUCCCAAAACAUGAACUUAUCAGUGACCAAGUGGAACUAAUGUCAGGAUUUCUUCUUUCUCCUUUCUGUCUGCAGCGUCAGACCAUCGAGCUGGUGCCCCUGACUCAUGCUUACUACACCUACAGUGGGAAAGACUACAGCUUCUUCGUCUACGGGACGGAGAACAAAGUCUUUGCUGCAAAAUAUCCCACAGCCUGCACUAUUUUAUAAACCACAAAUGUUUAAUCCUGUACUCUUGAGUAUACAUGUUCAUGUUCGUGUGCAGUCUGGUUGUAUAAUGAUAGGAUUUUUGAGGAUUUAUACUGGGAGCAACAGGAGAGAAAAGCCAAACUUCCUGUUAUUGUAUGUACACACUUCUACUAAGAAUCUGUUGUUGUUGUCGAAGUGCGUUAGUUCAAUGGAAAUAUCAAUAUUAGUCAAGUAUUGGUGCUAUACUCCUACAUAAUUAAUGUUGUAUAUACAGCAGUUUAAUCCAAAGAGUCUGCAGACAUCAAAGGUUGAAUUUUAGAUAAUUCAUACACAAUCAAUAACUGCUAAAUGGUACCUCCAAAUUUCUCAGACAACUACACGGGGGUGGAGUCACGGAGUCGCGUGUCGUAAAUGUUGAGAGUUUUUCGGUCCAGGUCCAGUUUUUUUUCUGCACUUCUAACUCAGUAAGUCUACUGAGUCUACUCACUAAGUCUACGUGACAUCAACUGAAAACCUGGACAUUUGAAGGAUUUUAUGAACUCCCCCGGACAAGGCUGGACAGCCCCCCCAAAAGAAGGAGAUGUCCUGGUAAAAGAGGAUGUGUGGUCACCCUAGCUAAAGUCAGCUAAUGUCAGUCAAAGUGAAUGAGUACAGCAGCCCUGGAGCUGUUUUUGGGUGCCUUAAUGACUUUUUAUGACACAAAGUUUGUGUAAAAAAUUUACUUUGAUAUGUUUAAAACCUUUACUGGAUGCUAUUUGGUUUAAAUAAGGUAAUCUAUACUCAGAAUGAACUAAUUAUCUUUAUUUCAUUAAGCAAAAAAAUGUACCCCUGAUGUCUGACAGGCUCUCUAUAAUCCAAUUCAGCUUUAUCUAGAAUAAUCUACGUGUUUGUGCCUCCACAACUAACACUAACUACCUCUUUACUGACAGAUCAGCCGGGAGAUAGUAACUGAUAACCGAUUGCUCACUUUAACUGGGUAUUUACUGCCAAAUGAUUUACUCCUACUUAAGAAGACUGCAGAGUUAUGACAGAUAAUCAUGUUAUGAUUAUGAUAAACACAAGGCCACCAUUACUCCUGAAACUUCACUCACAGGAGGGAUGGGCAAGGACGCAUUUUAACUGGAAAUACUGCCAGAUAUAGGCGAAUAUUUUCAAGAUUUAUCAUCAGAGUUUUUUUUUUUUUUUUUUUUUUACAAAAUUUUAGUUUGUUUUUUGGAAAAAUCACUCUUGGACAGGUUUCAAGAAUAUACAAAACAGGCUGUGCUGAAACAAAAAAGGAGAGAAUUAUGAGAGAAAUAUGUUUUUCAUUAAAUUUCUUAGAGCAGAUACUUUCCUUUUGAUUUAGCUAAAAGAGUAAAAUCCUCAUCAGACUGCUGAUAAAUGGUUCUGAAAGUCUGACUGGAAAGGGGUCACCCCACUGAAAACAAAGUUCGGAACCAAACAUCUUUUAUAGUGAUGUGAAGCUGCUGACUGUGAAGCCUUAACAUAUAAAGUUUAACCUCUGGUGACUGAAAAGUCUUCAGACGAUAGCCUUAGAGAGUGGUUUUAACCUCAAUCUAUCCUGCUUUUUUGAACUAACAUCACUACCUAUAACCAGAAAUCUGUUACAAUCAAUAGUGAACAGAUAGUUGAUGUCAAUCCUUAAAUGCAUGUGGUGCUUCCUAAAACAAAAACAACUCUUUUCCUCUCCAUUGUGUGCCUGAUAAGUGUAUUUUCAAGUCAGUAAUCUCAGUAUUCAUGUAAACUUACCUGUCAGACAUGAUUUUGAUCAUUCUGAGACCUCAUAAUGCAGGGGAAGAAAAGCUCUUUCGAAACGCAACAGGGAUUUUCAGAACAUAAAAUAACUAAUUACGUGGCCAUAAAAAAGAACUUUUAUUUUAUUUUAAACUGAGCUUUAAAUCUUUUUCUGAUCAGGAUGGUUGUUUUGUUGUUUUAAAGCUUCUGUCAGGAGUUUUUAGGUGGUCACAGAACAGAUUGAAAUCGUUCUUCAUUCUUCUUCAUUGGCAGCAAAGAGCUAGACCAUCAGCUUUUUCUAUUUUUAUACAGUUGACUAUAUUUGUUCAGUGUUUCAACGUGUGAUCUUCAUAUUUUUAUUUGUACGGCUUUAAAUGUGCUUUAAAACAAACACCAGUUUCUGUCAUAAUAAUCAAUAGUACGCACAUCAUACUCCUCCAUAAGGACCUCUAUUUUGUAGAUGAGACAUCUUUCUUUUGUUUAUUGUUCCAGUUUCAUGCAGCUCAGGCUUUAAUGUGUACGCUUGUGUACAAAUAUACAUUAAGUAAACAGUCCAAUGGGAUCCUGCCUAUCACAGUAUGAUCUUAUAUUCUUCUUUUUUAGGAUUUAGAUGUUUAUACAUUUGUCUCAACUUUUAAUGAAAGCUUUGAUUACUUUAGAUUUUAUAUGUUAUAAAAAAAUCAUAUGGUGAGGAGUGUAAAGCAGUACCUCUCAAACUAACUUGCUUAAACUUUCUGAAGCUUGUGUUUUAUACAAAACAUCUACACCUGUUCAGUUUAUCCACUUAACAUGUAACUGAUACAGUUUUGGAACAAUAAUAAACUUAUUUCAUGUUAUUA